CAGCAGGUGUGGGGUGAACGAUCCGCACGUCGGCAUCCCAGCAAUGGGAUCGGGAUGGCAGCCAGCCCCUAUGGGUCACCCCCCCAUACACACUAUGGGUGCUCACUGCCUAUGGGGUCAGCACCCCCAUCAAUGGGGUCCACACUGGGUUUGGUGUCUCCAUUGGGGUUGGGAUCCUCAUAGGGGCUGGGGACCCCUUUUGGGGUCAGGCAUCUCCAUUAGGUUGAGAAACCCCUUUGGGGAUGGGACCCUCAUUGGGGUCAGGUACCUCCAUUGGGAUGGGAACCCCCAUUGGGGUUGGGGUUAGGACCCUCACUGGGGCUGGGCACUUCUAUUAGGGUCAGGCACUUCUAUUGGGGUUGGGACCCUCAUUAGGGCUGGGCACCCCUAGUAGGGUUGGGCACCUCUAUUGGGGUUAGGACCCUUACUGGGGUUGGGCACCUCUAUAGGGUUGGGACCCCUCUAUUGGGGUUGGGACCCCCAUUGGGGUUAGGCACCUCUAUAGGGGUUGGGACCCUUACUGGGGUUGGGCACUUCUAUUAGGGUCAGGCACCUCUAUUGGGGUUGGGACCCUCAUUGGGGCUGGGCACCUCUAUAGGGUUGGGACCCCUCUAUUGGGGUUGGGACCCCCAUUGGGGUUAGGCACCUCUAUUGGGGUUAGGACCCUCAUUAGGGUUAGGCACCUCUAUAGGGUUGGGACCCCUCUAUUGGGGUUAGGACCCUCACUGGUGCUGGGCACCUCUAUAGGGUUUAGGCACCUCCUAUUGGGGUUGGGACCCCCAUUGGUAUUAGGCACCUCUAUAGGGUUGUGCACCUCCUAUAGGGGUUGGGACCCUGGCUCCAUUCAGAACCUUCCACCUCCCCCCCCUCCCCCAUGGAAUCCCAUUUUGGGAUCGAAAAUCCCACCAUCUAUUUUUAUAGGGCGGCUUCCAGCCCCCCCAGCUGACGAUGGGGCCGAGCUCAGCUCAGCUGUUCACCCUCCAUCCCACAGCAGCUCCAUUACGGGACGGAACCCACACGGACCCCCACCCUACUGCCAAGGUCAGCAGCUGGAUGAAGUCAGGCUGGGCCGGUGCUUGAGCCCUUUGCUCUGCAUGGAUGGGGAUGGGGGGAGGCAGCUGCAAUAGGAUCCCGCAGCUGCAGCGACGCAUCUUCCUCCUCCUCCUCCUCCUCGUGCUGCUGUGCUGCAGCCAUGUCUCUCCGCAGUGCAAGAUCCUCCGCUGUAACUCGGAUUUCGUGGCGUCCACUCUUUCUCUCCGCGGUUCGGUCGGAUCCGUUGCGUAUUGCAGCGCCCUUCGUUCCUAUUCCCAUUGCACCCGUCGAACGGCUCGAACCUGUCGGGGUGACCUGGCGUUUCAUUCCGCCGUUCACGGUAUCGAAGACCUGAUGAUCCAACACAAUUGUUCUAAAGACGGACCCACGUCCCCACCUCGGUUCCGAGCUCCGGUUCCGGAUCCUCAAAGCUUUGGACUAUCAGAACUUUGUGAUUAUGAGAAGAUGUUUCGAUCCAAACAUGGCCGACCCCCCCGGUACCGACAUUGUUCUGCUUUUGGGGACCCCCAUGUGCGGACGUUCCAUCACGACUUUCAGACGUGUCGGGUGGAGGGAGCGUGGCCGCUGCUGGACAACGAGUUUCUGUUUGUGCAGGCGACAAGUGCCCCCAUAACAAGGGGGUCCAACGCCACCGUCACCAGCAAGCUCACCAUCAUCUUCAAGCACAUGCCGGAGUGCACGGAGCAGAAGGUUUAUCGAGCCGAGCUGGACAACGUCCCAUCGGCCUUCGAAGACGGGUCGGUAUCGGGAUCAGAACGACCCAAUGGGGGCGGCCUCGAAAUCCACGAACGAAUCCCGGGUCGCCAGGUUCUGAUCCGAGCUCCGUAUAUCGGAACCACCAUCAUGAUCCGCCAGGCGGCUCGACAGCUCUCGUUCUCCAUCCGAGCGGCCGAAGAAGUGACGCGGAGCUUUAAUACGGAGCAAGACCUUCAGCUUUGCGUUACGGGGUGUCCACGGAACCAACGUAUCUCGCGUAAUAUCCGGAGCCCGGAGGCGGUUGAGCUGUGCAGGGCGAUGCUGCCCGUGGAGGAUGGUUAUUUCCACUCGUGUGUUUUCGACGUGGUCAAUUCCGGAGAUGCCAAUUUCACGCUGGCGGCUCGUGGGGCGUUGGAAGAUGCCAAGGAUUUGAUGGUGGACGAGGAGAUGGUGCACGUCUUUCAGGAUGGGGGGGGAACGAGGAUGGAGCCGUCCUGCUUCAUCAUCAUCAUCGUCAUCAUCCUCGGUGCUGUCGGGUCGCAGUUGUGAGGUCCCAUGUUGGAUCUGAUGAGACUUUGGGUGGCAUUGAGGACCCUCAUUGACAUUUAUGACCAUUGUUGGCAUUGGAGACCCUUCAGUUGGCAUUGAUGACCCUUUGGUUGGCACUUGAGACCCUUCAGUUGGCAUUUGGGACCUCUAUAUGACCCUCAUUGGAACUCAUUGGCACUGGUGGCAUUGGAGACCCUUCAGUCGGCAUUGAGGACCCUUUGGUUGGCACUUGAGACCCUUCAGUUGGCACUUGGGACCCUCAUUGGCACUGGUGGGCACUGGUGGCAUUGGGGACCCUUUGGUUGGCACUUGAGACCCUUCAGUUGGCAUUUGGGACCUCUAUAUGACCCUCAUUGGCACUGGUGGGCACUGGUGGCAUUGGGGACCCUUCAGUCAGCAUUGGGCACCCUUUGGUUGGCAUUGAUGACCAUUGUUGGCCCUUGAGACCCUUUGGUUGGCACUUGGGACCCUCAUUGGCAACGGUGGGCACUGGUGGCAUUGGAGACCCUUUGGUUGGCACCUGGGACCUCUCUAUGACUCUCAUUGGCAAUGGUGGGCACUGUUGGCAUUGGGAACCCUUCAGUCGGCAUUGGAGACCCUUUGGUUGGCACUUGAGACCCUUCAGUUGGCAUUUAGGACCUCUAUAUGACCCUCAUUGACACUUAUGCCCAUUGUUGGCAUUGGGGACCCUUUGGUUGGCACCUGGGACCUCUUUGUGAGCCUCCAUGAUGGGGUUCCUGGUACCUUAUGGGAUUUCUGGCACUUCUUGGGGACCCCUGGACUCCCUAUGGGGUCUCGUUACCCUACAAGAUCCCUGCUGUCCCACUGACAUCACUGACACAUUAUAGGGAUCCCUGGCACCCCAAUAGGGCCCCAACCACGUGAUGGGGUUUGUGGCACCCUAUGGGGUUUUUGGCACCUCUUGGGGCCUCCUGCCACAUUAUGGGGUCCAUGACACCCUAUAGGGUCCUUUGGGGCCUCCAGCCACAUUAUGGGGUCCAUGACACCCUAUAGGGUCCCUUGGGGCCUCCAGCCACAUUACAGGGUCCAUGACACCCUAUAGGGUCCCUUGGGGCCUCCAGCCCCAUUACGGGGUGACAUUAAAGGCUUCUAUUUUGUAAGUCCUCA